AUGGAUGAUACCGUCAAGCAACCAGCAAUAAGCGAGGCGUUGUCUGAUGGCGAGGAACCAAAGCAAGAAACCAAAUCGUCUACAUCUGCCGCAGCCGCAGCUGUUUGGUCGACUGCCAAUGAUGAUUGUAUUCUCUUUGGCAGAGGGAAGGGUUGCAAUAAUCACCCUGCAAACAAGAGAAUGCGACUUGUCAUAGAAGGCUACAGGGAUAGGUAUCAAGGUGCAGGGCGCGGAGGGAAGCGAAAGGUUGUCCAUGAAAUAUACAGAGAACUGGUCGAAGCUGGUAUGAAGUUCUUGAAGCAGGAAGAGGGACUAGAUGGAUGGGUUGAAGCGGACGCUGAUGAAGCUAUCAAGAAGGUGGGCCAUGCAAUGCGAUGUCCAAGGAUCAGAAUACGAAAUGAAGCAGACUUGGGUGACCAAUCUAAUGUUGCCAGUGGCUUCUCAGCAGCAGCAUACCGGUUUUCACACGCACGAGCUGAUACUGGCGAUAUACUGGAAAACAAUUCGGCUGGCAUUGGCCGAGAGAGUAUUUCUGGGCUGCUAGGAGCUUUGCCUAGUAUGUCCGCUGUUGUAAGAGCCGGUUUCCUGUCACGGGGCACUUUGGGACAUCAGGAGACACCGAGAGUGGCCUUGCCUGUGCUAUCCGACCCUCUGCUUUCUUUGGGACGUAUUCCAAUGCAAAUGAAUCUGACUUCGUUGUACGCAGGUGCAUCGGCAUCGAUGGGAUUCGCGGCACCGGCCAUGGGCCUGAAUGGAUUGUCAUCCUCUCUUGAGUUGUUAGUUAUGGUUGAGAGGGAACGCCAGUUUCGGGAAGCCAUGCUGAGCAUCAUCAAUCCCAGAAGGAAUACAGAACAGCGCUGA